UUCACUCUUGCUCCAUCUAUAUUUAGCUUGUGGAAGCUUGGACAAGUGGGCCUGAACUACAAGUCAAUGGGCUGACACGGUGCUCAUCAAAAUUACUUCUGUGAUCAAACACACUGGGAAAUUCAGGCUUGUUUGCAUUUUCGGACGAUGGCAUCAGAAGGCUCCGACAUGGGUUCCAGGGGAGACAUCAAUGGCUCGGGUAAUCUCAUGGACUUCCUGGAUGAGCCCAUACCAGAUGUAGGGACCUAUGAGGACUUCCACACCAUCGACUGGCUUAGAGAGAAAUCCCGGGACACAGACCGGCACAGGAAGAUUGCCAAUAAAAGUAAAGAAUCGAUAUGGGAGUUUAUAAAAGGUUUGCUGGAUGCCUGGUCAGGAUGGGUGGUGAUGCUCCUGAUUGGACUUCUGGCAGGUACGCUGGCAGGCGUGAUCGAUCUAGCGGUGGACUGGAUGACAGAUUUGAAAGAGGGCGUGUGUCUCUCUGCGUUCUGGUACAGCCAUGAGCAGUGCUGCUGGACCUCCAACGAGACCACCUUUGACGACCGGGACAAAUGCCCUCAGUGGCAGAAAUGGUCUGAACUUAUGGUCGGACGAUCGGAGGGCGCCAGCGCUUAUGUAUUGAACUACUUCCUGUACGUGACGUGGGCUCUCACCUUUGCUUUCCUGGCAGUGUCCCUAGUCCGAGUUUUCGCCCCAUAUGCCUGCGGGUCUGGGAUUCCAGAGAUCAAGACCAUCCUGAGUGGUUUCAUCAUCAGAGGCUACCUGGGAAAGUGGACCCUCCUGAUUAAGACGGUGACCCUGGUGCUGGCCGUGUCUUCAGGGCUCAGCUUGGGGAAGGAGGGGCCUCUUGUUCACGUGGCCUGUUGCUGUGGCAACCUCUUCAGCGGCCUCUUUUCCAAGUACAGCAAGAAUGAGGCAAAACGGAGAGAGGUUUUAUCAGCUGCUGCUGCUGCUGGAGUGUCGGUUGCCUUUGGCGCUCCAAUUGGAGGAGUACUUUUCAGCCUUGAGGAGGUGAGCUACUAUUUCCCACUGAAGACCUUGUGGAGGUCCUUCUUUGCAGCUCUGGUAGCAGCCUUUACCUUGCGCUCCAUCAACCCCUUUGGAAACAGCCGGCUGGUGCUUUUCUAUGUGGAGUACCACACCCCCUGGUACAUGGCAGAGCUCUUCCCCUUCAUCCUGCUGGGUGUCUUCGGGGGGCUGUGGGGUACCCUCUUUGUCCGCGGCAACAUUGCCUGGUGCCAUCGCCGCAAGACCACUCUGCUGGGCAAGUACCCUGUGCUGGAGGUGAUUGCAGUGACAGCCAUCACUGCCAUUAUAGCCUUCCCCAACCCGUACACACGGCGCAGCACCAGCGAGCUCAUCUCGGAGCUCUUCAACGACUGUGGAGCGCUCGAGUCCUCCCAGCUCUGUGACUAUAUCAAUGACUCAAACAUGACCCGACCCAUAGAUGAUAUCCCUGACCGCCCUGCUGGCCCAGGUGUCUAUGCAGCUCUGUGGCAGCUUGCACUGGCGCUCAUCUUUAAAAUUGUCAUCACCAUCUUCACCUUUGGCAUGAAGAUUCCUUCAGGACUGUUUAUUCCCAGUAUGGCUGUGGGUGCCAUUGCCGGCAGGAUUGUUGGAAUAGGUGUAGAGCAAAUGGCCUACCACCAUCAUGACUGGAUUAUCUUCAAGAACUGGUGCCGACCAGGUGCUGACUGUGUUACUCCAGGACUGUAUGCCAUGGUGGGGGCUGCAGCUUGCUUGGGUGGAGUUACCAGAAUGACGGUGUCUCUGGUUGUGAUCAUGUUUGAGUUGACGGGGGGCCUGGAGUACAUUGUACCCCUCAUGGCUGCCGCCGUCACCAGCAAGUGGGUGGCAGAUGCCUUUGGGAAGGAGGGCAUCUACGAAUCGCACAUCCAUCUGAACGGCUACCCUUUCCUGGACGUGAAGGAUGAGUUCACGCACCGCACACUGGCCACUGACGUGAUGCGGCCGCGGCGCAGUGAGCCCCCCCUGGUUGUCCUCACCCAGGACAGCACCACUGUGGAGGACGUGGAGACCCUCAUCAAAGACACCGACUACAACGGCUUUCCUGUGGUGGUGUCCAAAGAAUCAGAGCGACUAAUCGGCUUUGUUCAGAGAAGAGACCUCCUCCUGGCCAUCAAAAAUGCCAGGCAGAAGCAGGAUGGUGUUGUGAGUAGCUCUGUGGUGUACUUCAUUGAGGACGUUCCACAGUCACCUGCCAGCAGCCCCCAGUCCCUCAAGCUGCGCUGUAUCCUCAACCUGUGCCCAUUCACAGUGACCGACCACACCCCCAUGGAGACAGUAGUGGACAUUUUCCGCAAACUGGGGCUCCGCCAGUGCCUUGUCACCCGCAGUGGGCGCCUCUUAGGCAUUAUAACUAAAAAGGACGUUCUCCGACACAUGGCCCAAAUGGCAAACCAGGACCCUGAAUCUAUCAUGUUCAAUUAGUCAGUGUCAAAGGUGGAUGAAGUCCAUGUUGACUGAUACCUUCAAGGAGUUUCUAAGCUUAUACUUUAAUGCCAACAAAAGCGCCCAGGGCCUUGCUGUGACAAAUAGGAAAAGAUUGGGAGGACUUGCUGAAAUGGGAAAGGAAUCAGAAGAGAGCCUCUGGGGUUUGCAGGAUCUUUGUCAAUGCCACCGCAUAUGUCAUGCUAAGCUUUUAUCUUUUAAAAGUUGUCCUACCCUGGAACAAAUUUAACAAAGCACUAAUAUUUUCUCAGUAAUACUGUAGUGUGAAAUCAUUAUCAAUGACAUUAAUAAUUUAUAAACAGAGUAGGUGAGGCUGGCAGAAUUAAAGGGACACAUUGACACACGAUUUCAGUUGAGAUUCUCUAGGGACCUCAAAUCAAGUUGAAAAGCCAAGUCAAUACAGAUUUGCUAAUAAAUCAAUAGCAAGCAACAACACCUAAAGCCACACAAAAUGAUGAAAUAGUUCAAAACAAUCAUUUUUCAGUCAUCACAUCCUGAUGACAUUGUUUUUUAAACUCAGAAGCACCUCCAUGGCCUUAAAGGGCUCUCAAACAAGUUUAGGUGAAACACUAGAUUGUAAUCAUUAACCUGUCCCCCUGCAACAUUCAUACCCCAUUGGUAAGUGUGUGAUCUUUAAUGUAGUAUUUUUCUUACUUAUAUAUUGGGGAUAGGUAAGUGGUUAGACUGGAUGUUUGAGAGCCCUUUUGAGUACACGGGUGCUUUAAACAUCCAAGUUUCAAAAAGGUUUAAAAAUGACAAAUACAUUAAUUAAAAGGGAAAGGAAACGGGAGGACUCUGUGUGUUAAAAUGAUUAAGUGCUAAAGAUAACAUUUCCCACUCAAGACACCCUUGUAUUCAUCGUAUAACACAAUAAAAGACUUUUAAAACUACUCUCUGGUUGGAACGCUUGCCCGGUGGGUAUAAACAAACAUGGCAAGUCUUACAAGAGCACUGGAACUAAGUGACUUUGAAGAGCUAGAAUCUAUUGGUAAAAAGUUUCUGUAUGCAUUUGAGCCAAUCAUGGGCCCUAUUAAAACUGAAAGAAAGGAUUCAGAUUCCUGGGAAUCUGAUCCAGAUAGUGAGAGAGAUCUGGAUCCUGACAGAACAGCACACAGUUUCUGUUGCAGUUGCUGUAACUGCACAGUGAUGCCGACUCAUAAGGAAUGUGUUUGUUGUUUUGAAAUUCCUUGCAUACAGCACAGAAUUCCUGAAAAGCGUGGCAGUCCAAGGUCCACCCUGCAUCACGUAAAAUGCCAGUUUUAAAAUUGUAUGCCUGGAUAGAGAGGUCCUGGAUACUGCACAGCUGCUUUUUACAGACACCUGAGCUGACUCUGUACGACCUGUCGCCAGCAAGUAGCCUGUGUUUGUAUUUAUGUGUUUCAUAAUUCUCGUACACAUUACAUUAUUAUUACUAUAAUAAUAAUAAUAAUGAU